GUUUCAGGAGACCCAUUCAGCAGUAUCGCCGUCUUUCAGAUCUCCAUCUGAGAAAAUUUUUCGUAAUGGCUGUGACAAGACAACCAGGCAAAUAUGAUGCUUCUGAAUUCCAGACCGGCCUGUGUGAUGUCUGCGAUGAUCUUGGAACCUGCUGCUUUGGAUUUUUCUGCCACUGCUGUCUUGGCUGCUCCAUUGCCAGCGACAUGGAUGAGUGCUGCCUCUGCGGUACAGUCUGGACCAUCCGCAGCGUCUACAGAACAAGAUACAACAUCAAAGGAUCAUUGCUCAAGGAUUACUGCACGUACAUGUGUUGCUCUGUCUGCGCCACCUGCCAGCUGAAGAGAGAUAUCGACCGGCGAAAGGAACAGGGCAUUUUCUGAACAGGCACCUUCCUGACAACGGAGCAGUUGUAAAACCCCUGGAGAGAUAAGGAGGAAGCUAUCAGUCUGAUUGGAGUAAUGCUUAAAUCAAAUAAGUCUUUUUUUGUUUGUUUCUUUGACCUUGAAGUGUUCUUAACUCAGGGAAGCCACAUUUAUCUAUCAGAGUAAACCGGCUGACCUUCAAUUUGUUGUUUCUGUGUACUGCUGUUUAUUUUCUUGUAGAAGCAGGGAACAAUACUGCAGUCAUUAACUUUGGCCUCAAAGAACUAGACUGGAUUGCCAAAGAUUAUGUUGUAAAAAGGCUAAUUUUUCUUAACGGCCGCUUGUAAAAGAUUUAUCUUCUACAGAAAGGGUUUUAGAAAAGGUACCAACAAUCAGCAGCUUAAAAUGAUUUCAAUA